AUGGGCGCUCAAGCCACGCUGUUUGCGCCGCCACAAGUCACGAGCUGUAACCCAUUUUUGAACGCGCAGCCUGGCUUCCAUUCUGGCAAACCCAAAUCGUGGCCUACUACGAUGGAUCGACACAGCGAGAAUCCGAUGCAUCGGCAUCACUAUCAGCAGCAGCAGCAGCAACAGCAGCAGCAGUCAUUGAGUCAGCCGUAUCUUCAACGGUAUCAACAGCAGAGCGCAAACAUGAGUCAGCAGCAACAACGACGAACACCCCAAAACCACGACCAGAGACAGCAUCAGCAAAAGUGGCAGCUUCACAAUCACUUUCACUACCGACAACGCAACAAUCCGUCCAUGGAUUUUACGACACCAUUUCUUCCACAAAAUACACAACCGACGAUCAAAGCCGCACAUCCCGAGCACAAGUCGUUCAUGAUGAUCACACCAUCAAUCCACAAUACGUCGGGUAUCGUUAAAACCACGCAGCAGUUCUCUCAGCAGUACCACAGAUCGGCAACUCCCAAGCCUAAGGCGCUACCUGUCACCCAAUUGCCUUCACCACAACUUACACCAGUCAAGCAUACGCACAAUCCACGACCUAUAAGCACGAAAUCUUCAAUACCAAACAUGCAAUACAAGGUAGCGCCCUUGACUAGUGUCUACAAGAGCCAGCAGAACAAACUCGCUGAACGCGCAUGGCUCGAGGGUGAGCGCCAGCAGCGAAAAAGGCAAUACAACAUGCGGCGCAAAGAACUGAAAAGCGACGGGAACGCUCUUUACCACAGCUACAAUGAGUUCCUUUGGUAUUUUCCCCUCGGCCGCGGCGAGCGUUCUAAUAUUUAUCUGGCUGGCCUCCUCGCGAACCAGUCCAUGCCGGCAGAGCCAAACAGUGACCGAGGUCUCGCUAUCCAAUAUGCGAAGAAGAACUGGCAGUGUUACUGGGAGCUGAAGGACUUGAAGUACGUGAUACAGCAGGCGCAGGAAUAUAGGGAGAAGGUAAUGGCACAGCAGCAGCACACGCCGAUGGAUGGGACACACGCAACCAGGCUUUAG